AUGCCCAGAUCCUCUCCGGAGUCCAGCUCGUACAGCAGCAGCAGCUAUGAGUCUCUUCUUUCUGCGAGUGGUGCUGCUUCUGGUUCUUCCGCGGAUAGCGGUGAUUUGGAGGCCAUGCAGGCACGAGCUGAAGCAAAGGCUGCAGCUGAGGCAAGAGCUGUCAGAGAAAGACGUCGGGCAAUGCAUCGGUUGGCAGAAUGGUUUGCUGGAGCAGCGCUGCUGGAAUUAUGCCUUUAUUAUUGGAGAGGACACCUCUGUAUGCGGGGCAUAUCAGACAGGCGCUCCCUACGCGCAAGGUUGGCCACGCAGCGCAAAAACCUGGAGGAUUGCGAGCCGCGAGAAGCUUUGGCCAUUGUGGCUCCCCAACUGGAUGCAACCAUUGCCGCCAAGCUGCGAAAGGACUUUGAUGCCCUGGAGGCCCUGUUCCGAGAAGGCGUCAAAGAGAAUGAUGUUCACUGGAUUGAACAGACAGGGCAGUGGGGGGACCCGUCGCAGCAUGUCUUCCUGCAGCACAUGUCCAGAAUGGUAUUGGCCCACCUGCAAACCAGACUGGACCCUGAGUGUGCUGAGGAGAUCACGCCAGCCUUGGUUGAGAUUGCAGGCCGACGAUUAUCUCAGCCGAGUAUUGAGGUGCUUUUUCCUCUGCUUGGUGAAGACGGACAGCGUGAAUUUCAGCAAUGGUACAUGGGUUUUUCAGGCCGGACGGCGCACUGGGUGGAUGGAGCACAGAAUACCCCAGCAGCUUCUUCCACAGCAGCAACAGGCCUGGAAAGUACCGCCAACCUCGCCGUGCACAUGGAAGACGGAACCGACGACCACGAAGAACAGGACGCAGACGACGCAGACAGAGGCUGA